CGGGCGGGCCGCGAUGUCGUCCCGGCCGGGACGCGACGAUGCAGGGGCCGGGGGUGUGCGGCGGCCGCGGGAGCCGGCCGAGCAGGAGCUGCAGCGGCGCCGGGAGCAGAAGCGGCGGCGGCACGACGCGCAGCAGCUGCAGCAGCUCAAGCACCUGGAGUCCUUUUAUGAAAAACCUCCUCCUGGGCUUAUCAAGGAAGAUGAGACUAAGCCGGAAGACUGUAUACCAGAUAUGCCAGGCAAUGAACAUGCCAGGGAAUUUCUGGCUCACGCACCAACGAAAGGACUUUGGAUGCCACUGGGGAAAGAAGUCAAAGUUAUGCAGUGUUGGCGUUGUAAACGGUAUGGUCACCGAACAGGCGACAAAGAAUGCCCUUUCUUUAUCAAAGGCAACCAAAAGUUAGAACAGUUCAGAGUAGCACAUGAAGAUCCCAUGUAUGACAUCAUACGAGAGAAUAAAAGACAUGAAAAGGAUGUAAGGAUACAGCAGUUGAAACAGUUACUAGAGGAUUCUACCUCCGAUGAGGAUGGGAGCAGCUCUAGUUCCUCAGCAAGUAAAGAGAAACACAAGAAAAAGAAGAAGAAAGAAAAGCAUAAGAAAAGGAAGAAGGAAAAGAAGAAGAAGAAAAAACGAAAGCACAAGUCUUCCAAGUCAAAUGAGAGUUCAGACUCAGAUUGAACAACUCGACUUUUUCAACAUUCUCUACUCCCACAUCAGACACUGCGGCCAAAGACCAGAGGCGUGCAAUCUGGGAGGACUAGGAUAGAGCAGGGUAUUUGGUGUCCUGCAUGUGAAUUCUCACCUGCCUUCCAGCAGAUAUGUGACCCCAGGAGGGUGAGUUUUACUUUUCCGGGCACUAGCUCUGGACAGCGGCUGAUGUCAGGCAGGAGAGCUUUGUCCAGUGUUGUCCUCCCGCUGAUCCCUGCAGUUUGUGAUUCCCUCAAGCUGCCUCUGCCAGGGUGGCCGGACCAAGGAAUGAGUCUCUGAGGAUGCUCCAGGUGCUGCUGCAGCCUUUCCUCCCCAGGACGCUACUUAAUUCCUAGAGACUUCAGGUUUGACUUUCCUCUGUUGUCCAGGAUAAUAAAAGCUUGUUAUUUAUUUUUUAAA